AUGCUGGAGGAGAAGGUGGAGCCCAACGUCGUCAGCUACAGCGCUGGGGUGAGCGCGUGCGAGAAGGGCGAGCAGUGGCUCCGGGCUCUGGUGCUGCUCAGGGAGAUGCGGGAGGCGACGCUGGAGCCUGACGAAACUUCCUCUCUUCAAGUGCCCGGGGCGCGGCUCCGCAGCGGCCCGGGCAGGCCCCGGCCCGCCCGCGGCGCCCCGGGGGCUGCUCCACGACGGCCUCUAGGAGGGCCCCGAGAGGUCAGCUGCAGCGCUGGUAUCAGCGCGUGCGAGAAGGGCGAGCAGUGGCAGUGGUCUCUGGCGCUGCUGAGCGAAAUGUGGGCGGCGAAGCUGGAACCCAACGUCAUCAGCUACAGCGCCGGGAUCAGCGCGUGCGAGAAAGGCAGACAAUGGCAGCGGGCGCUGUCGCUGCUCAGCGAGAUUCGGCAGGCGAAUUUGAAGCCCGACGCCAGCAGCCCUACAGCGCCGGGAUCAGCGCGUGCGAGAAAGGCAGACAAUGGCAGCGGGCGCUGUCGCUGCUCUGCGAGAUGCGGCGGGCGAGCUUGGAGCCCGACGCCAGCAGCCGCAACGCUGGGAUCCUGGCUUGCGCUAGAGGCGGGCAGGAUCAGCGGGCGAUCUGGUUGCUCAAGGAGACGUGGGAUGCGAAGCUCGAGCCCAACGCCGUCAGUUUCAGCGAUGCAAUCAUGCAUGCGAUGCGCAGAUGAAUGCAGAGUAGGCCAAACUAAAGUCCUGGGGUCAUCGCGUGUGGGAAUGGCAGCUAACCGCACCAGCCUUCAGAGGGAUGGCCAGGAGCGAAGACGGAGCCGAAAUCUCAUCAGCGACGACGCUCGGGCCAGCGCGAGCGAGAUUGGUGUCAACUGGCAGCAGGUUAAUUAUGUUGCUGGUCAGCGAGAGUGGGGGAUGAGAAGUUUGAGUCGACAAAUUUGA